AUGUACAAGAGUUCGCUUUUGCGGUGCGCCGCACUCCUCUUCCCGGCUUUGGCCUCCGCCGCUCCUUCUUUCUUCAACGACGUCGAGAAGCGCCAGGACUGUGUGUUCGACUCUGCCACCAACCCUACUUGCUGGGACGGCACCCACGACCUCAACACGAACUGGUACGAGGAGGCGCCUCACACCGGCGUCGUUCGCGAGUACUGGUUCGAUAUCACCAACACCACAGCCGCUCCCGACGGUGUUGAGCGUAUUGUUCUGGCCGUCAACGGAUCCGUGCCCGGCCCGACCAUCAUUGCUGACUGGGGUGACACUGUUGUCGUCCACGUGAAGAACUCCAUGCAGAACAACGGCACUUCUCUUCACUUCCACGGCAUCCGACAGAACUACACCAACGAGGCCGACGGCGUUGCCUCCAUCACUCAGUGCCCGACUGCUCCCGGCGACUCUAUCACUUACACCUGGCAUGCGUCCCAGUACGGAUCUUCAUGGUACCACAGCCACUUUGCUCUUCAGGCUUGGAACGGUCUUUUCGGUGGUAUCAUCGUCAACGGCCCUGCCUCCGCCCCUUACGACGAGGACCUCGGCACCGUCGUCCUCAGCGACUGGUUCCACCAGACCAGCGAUGAGCUCUACCACGAAGCAGCCACCAACGGCCCGCCCCGCGCCAACACCGGCCUCAUCAACGGCACCGGCAUGUACGACGGCGCCGGCUCCCGCUUCACCACCACCUUCGAGGCCGGCAAGACCUACCGCAUGCGCCUCGUGAACGCCGCCAUCGACACCCACUGGAAGUUCAUGAUCGACAACCACACCCUCGAGGUCAUCGCCGCCGACUUCGUGCCCAUGACGCCCUUCAACACCUCGGACCUCUCCAUCGGCAUCGGCCAGCGCUACGACGUCCUCGUCAAGGCCAACCAGAACGCCGACAACUACUGGCUCCGCGCCAUCCCCCAGCUCACCUGCUCCGAGAACGAGAACACCCUCGACAUCAAGGGCAUCGUCCGCUACGACGCCUCCUCCACCGCCGACCCCACCGGCGACGUCCCCACCUACAUGGACACCUGCGAGGACAUGCCCAUGUCCAGCCUCGUCCCCGUCGUCGCCCUCGAGUCCGGCCAGCAGACCUACGACGACACCCUCACCGUCGGCCUCCAGGUCGUCAGCAGCGAGUUCAAGUGGACCCUGAACAACAGCACCUUCCUCUCCGACUGGGGAUACGCAACUCUCGAGCAGGUCAUCGAGGGCAACGACACCUACUCGACCCAGCAGAACAUCGUCCACCUCGACCAGGCCAACGUCUGGGUCCACUUCAUCAUCCAGAACCCCCUCGGCCUCGCCCACCCCAUCCACCUCCACGGCCACGACUUCUGGAUCCUCGCCCAGGGCUCCGGCACCUACGACUCCUCCAUCGCCCUCAAGACCGUCGGCGCCCCCCGCCGCGACGUCGCCAUGCUGCCCGCCUCCGGCUACCUCGUCAUGGGCUUCUACACCGACAACCCGGGCGUCUGGCUGAUGCACUGCCACAUCGGCUGGCACACCUCCCUCGGCUUCGCCCUCCAGCUCAUCGAGCGCCCCACCGAGAUCGCCGCCAUCACCAACACCGAGACCCUCAACAGCACCUGCGCCAACUGGAACGCCUACGCCCUCGAGGACUCCGUCCACCAGCACGACUCUGGUGUCUAA